UCGAUACGAUAACCGAAUAUCACUCCCCGUCUGUUGAUUUUUAACCCGGAGCAGGAUAAAAUUUCUAAAUUAUCAGGUCAUUCUUAGAAUUUUUGAAUUUAUUUAAUAUUCCUAAUUUCUGUGAGAAUUUUCGCCUAAAUCAAAUAUGUCACUUUUAAAAAUUCACCGUAUAUUUAGGAAAACUAAAUUGAAUUUGUAUAUGUCUUCAAAGGCUCAACUACAUAUCAAACAAGAAAUUAAAAAUGGUGUGGCUAUUGUUCGAAUCGAUUCACCUAAUUCUAAGGUAAACACACUUUCUAAAGCUGUCAUGGAAGAAGUUCAACAAGUAUUAAAAAACAUAUCAUCAGACGCCAGUGUAACUAGCGCAGUCAUAAUAUCAGGCAAACCUGGAAAUUUUAUUGCUGGUGCAGAUAUUGGAAUGUUAGAAUCCUGUAAAAGUAAGGAAGAAGUUAUGCAACUAUCCAAAGCAGGUCAAGAUGUUUUAAAUGAAAUUGAAAGCAGUCCGAAACCGAUUGUUGCAGCUAUAUCUGGUACUUGUCUUGGUGGGGGUCUGGAAGUUGCUUUAGCUAGUCAUUAUAGAAUAGCUGUUAAAGACAAAAGAACCGGUUUAGGAUUACCUGAGGUUCUACUAGGACUUCUUCCAGGUGCUGGUGGUACACAGAGGCUGCCUAAAUUAAUAUCUUUACCUAAUGCAUUAGAUAUGAUGUUAACUGGCAAAACUGUUCGAGCUGACAAAGCUAAAAAACUUGGUUUAGUUGAUCUGCUUGUCGAUCCUUUGGGUCCUGGUUCAAAAUCACCUGAAGAAAGAACUGCUGAAUAUCUGGAAGAAGUUGCUGUUAAAGUUGCACAGGACUUGGCUAGUAAGAAAUUAAAAAUUGAUCGCACCAGACCUUUAAUGGAAAGAUUAAUGAAGUACGCUCUUAGUAUGCAAUAUAUUCGAGACAAAAUAUUUUCAAAAGCUAAGCAACAAGUCAUGAAACUAACCAAUGGAUUAUAUCCAGCUCCAUUAAAAAUUUUAGAAGUUGUUAGAACAGGAGUCGAAAAAGGCUCCUCUGCUGGUUUUGCUGCUGAGGCUGAAGGAUUUGGAACCUUGGCUAUGACAACCCAUUCUAAAGCCCUUAUUGGUUUAUACAAUGGACAAACUUUAUGCAAAAAGAAUCGCUUUGGAGCACCUGCAACAAAGACAAAGACUGUUGCAGUGCUUGGAGCUGGACUCAUGGGUGCUGGUGUUGCCCAAGUGAGUGUUGAUAAGUCUUUUGAUGUCCUUUUGAAAGAUGUUACUCCAGACAGUCUUGCCCGUGGUCAAAAUCAGAUUUACAAAGGAUUGGACGGUGCUGUCAAACGUAAAAGGAUAUCUUCACAUGAAAAAGAUAAGUACAUGUCUAAGUUAAAUGGAGUUUUGAACUAUGACAAGUUUAACAAUGUGGACAUGGUUAUUGAAGCUGUUUUUGAGGACUUGAACAUCAAGCACAAAGUGAUUAAAGAAGUGGAGAAGUAUGUUCCUGAACACUGUAUCAUAGCCUCUAACACUUCAGCAUUGCCUAUACACAAGAUUGCUGAAGCAAGCAAGAAUCCUGAAAAAGUUGUUGGAAUGCAUUACUUUUCCCCAGUAGACAAAAUGCAGUUGCUAGAAGUUAUAACAACAGAUAAAACUUCAAAGGAUACUGCUGCAGCAGCUGUUCAAGUUGGUUUAGAGCAAGGCAAAAUUGUGAUUGUUGUCAAGGAUCGACCUGGAUUUUACACUACAAGAAUUCUAAAUCCAAUACUUUUUGAGAGUAUCUACAUGUUCCAAGAAGGGAUUAGUCCUAAAGAGCUCGACAAAUUCACCAAAGCUUUCGGUUUUCCAGUGGGUGGUGCAACUUUGGUUGAUGAAGUGGGCAUUGAUGUUGCUACUCACAUUGGAGAGCAUUUGGGUGGCAUAUUUGGUGAAAGAUUUUAUGGCAAAUCGGAUCUCAAUGUUAUGAAGAGCAUGGUGGCUGCUGGAUUUCUAGGACGCAAGUCUGGAAAGGGAGUGUUCCUGUACACUCCUGGUGUUAAGGAUAGAGAUGUGAAUCCUGGUGCUGAAGAUAUUUUCAAGAAGCACAAAGUAGAUUCUUUGAAAGAGUGCACUACUGAAGAGCUUCAGAUGAGAAUAAUUACAAGAUGUAUAAAUGAAGCUAUCCUCUGCUUGGAAGAAGGUAUCCUUGCCAAUCCUUUGGAAGGCGAUAUUGGUGCAGUAUUUGGUCUUGGUUUCCCACCUUUCCUUGGAGGACCCUUCCGCUACACAGACACCUACGGGGCUGAUAAGUUAGUGAAAUGGAUGGAACAAUUUAGUGCAAUUUAUGGUCCACAAUUCACCCCCUGCCAAUUGCUCUUAGAUCACGCCAAAGAUUCCAGCAAGAAAUUUCAUCCAUCCAAGUGAUCUAUAUAAAACAUAGGCAUUUAUAUGAAUACUUUAACUGAAUUACUUAUUCUUUUCUUCUUCUUUAAGUCGAAAAAUUUCUUUUUUUCUUAUGAAAUUGAAAUGUUUUUCAAAUGAAUUUAGUUUCAUUCUUAAAUUUCACAUACGUAUUUUUUUUCUUCCUUUUCUAACCCGGAAAAUUUCUUGUUUUCCUAUAAAAUCAAAAUGUGUUUUAAAUGAAAAAAAAAAUUCUGAUUAUACGUCGAGUUUUGUUUUUUUCACAAGUUAUUCAUUCAUGUUAACUGUAAAAAAUAAUUGUUGAUUCUGCCUUCAUUCAUAAAAUAAUGUUUUAUAGGUGCUGCAAAAGUGAUUGUUAAUAUAUAAAAUGUUUUAAGAUUACAUGCAUCAGAUAUUUAUACAAACAUGAAAUAAAUUAUAUUUUGACAUGUA